AAAUAACCAAGCAGCCCAUAAACCCAAGAGAAAGAAAUGCAUAAUAAAUAAAUUAUUAACUCUGAAGAAAAAUGUCUCAUCUACUAUUCUUCUUCUCACACUCUCCCACGGCCACUGCCACACCUCGCUCCCUUACCUUCUCUUGCUUCAACUUUUUACCUUUACAAAUACUUCAGCAUCAUCAUCACCAUCCACUUCCAAUAUCUUCUUCUUCGAAACUGAAGCUAAGUCCAACCCACCACCCGUUUCUUUCCAAACCCAUCUCACCUUCAAGCUCAAGGCCUAGUUGUUCAUCCACAGAAGAUCUCCACCUUGUUUCAACAACCGAAUGUUCUGAUGGCAGUGUGUUGUUCCGGUUUGCCAAUGCGAGUGAGCUCGAAAAAAUUGAAGAAGAAGAAGAAGAAGCUGGUUACAAUUACAAGGACUUUCAACAUAAUUUGUAUUCUGACAGAGAACAAACAAGUAACCCAUCUGAAGUGGAUGAUCAAACGUCUAUAAGCAGAGAGAUUACUAAUACUGAUACUGAUAGCAGUGUGGUAAAAGCAGCAGCCGUAUUACAUACCAACAUAACUGAUUCCUCUGCCAGUGUUAUUCAGGAUUUAGGAACCAAUGUGCAUAUACAGAAGGAUUCUAUUGAAGAUCUCCACCUUGUUUCAACAACCGAAUGUUCUGAUGGCAGUGUGCUGUUCCGGUUUGCCAAUGCGAGUGAGCUCAAAAAAAUUGAAGAAGAAGAAGAAGAAGAAACUGGUUACAAUUACAAGGACUUUCAACAUAAUUUGUAUUCUGACAGAGAACAAAUAAGUAACCCAACUGAAGUGGAUGAUCAAAUUUCUAUAAGCAGAGAGAUUACUAAUACUGAUACUGAUACUGAUACUGAUAGCAGUGUGGUAAAAGCAGCAGCCGUAUUACAUAACAAAAUAACUGAUUCCUCUGCCAGUGUUAUUCAGGAUUUAGGAACCGAUGUGCAUAUACAGAAGGAUUCUAUUGAAGAUGGUAAAUAUGUCAUUAUGAGUUCUAAGAAUGAAGUUGAUGCAUCCAGUAUUUCUUUGGUUCUGGAUGUGGUUUCAGAUUUUGGAAAGGUUAGUACUCCUUGUGAGGAAGUUUCAGGUGAGAAGAUUUCUGGUGAAAAUAGAAUCCAAGCGAAAUCUUCUGAAUCCGAGUCCACGGUUGAUCAAGUAUCCAGUAGUUAUGCUCUUGAAACCAGUAACAUGGUGAACGCUGAUAAGGAUCAUAGUGUGGAUACAAAUACAAUGGUGACUUACAUGACUGAUGAAAAAAGUAAUGAAGGCAAUGUCACUCAAGAGAUGAUGGAUGUGUCCUCUUCAUUAGAGGCCAAACCAAUUCUCGAUAAGGAGAUAAGCCAUAAUCCAGAGGAUGAAUCUGUUAAUGCAGAUGAAAUUGAAAGCUCAACAGUGGUGAUGAUGCCUGUAGCCACUUCAUUAGAGGCCGAACCAGUUCUCAAUGAAGAGAUAAGCCAUAAUCCAGAGGACGAAUCUGUUAAUGCAGAUGAAAUUGGAAGCUCAACAGUGUUAAAUGACAGUGUGCAUUCCUUGUAUUCGAAGGAAGAAUUAACUGUAUGUGAUGCACAUGAAAGCAAUGUUGCUCAAUUAACAAAUCCGAAAGCUGUAGAAUUGAUUUCAAUUGAGAGUACUCCUAAUGGGGAGCAAAUUUCCACAGCAGGACUUGUCCUAUAUUCUGGUGCUGCUCUAUUGCCACAUCCCUCUAAGGCAUUGACAGGUGGAGAGGAUGCUUAUUUUGUAGCUGGCCAGAACUGGCUAGGUGUGGCUGAUGGAGUUGGUCAGUGGUCACUGGAAGGGAUGAAUGCCGGGCAGUAUGCCCAAGAGCUCUUGGAGAACUGUGAAAAGAUAGUGUUAGACUCCAAAAGUGUUCCAAUGACCAAACCAGAAGAAGUUCUUAUAAGAAGUGCUGCAGAAUCACAAUCUCCUGGAUCAUCUACUGUUUUGGUUGCUUACUUUGAUGGUCAGGUUCUCCACGUGGCCAAUAUUGGAGACUCAGGAUUUAUAGCAAUAAGAAAUGGUGCUGUCUUUAACAGAUCAUCUGCAAUGGUUCACGGAUUCAAUUUUCCAUUACAGAUUGAGAGAGGUGACGAUCCCACAGAAUUCAUAGAGGGUUACAAAAUAGAUCUGGAUGAAGGAGAUGUAAUUGUCGCUGCAACUGACGGCCUUUUUGACAACUUAUAUGAGAAAGAGAUAGCUUCAGCUGUAUCGAACUCAUUGCAAGCCAGUUUGAAACCUCAGGAUAUAGCAGAGUACUUGGCCAUGAGAGCUCAAGAAGUAGGGCGGUCAGCAUGUGGAAGAACUCCAUUUGCAGAUGCAGCCCAGGCAGCGGGGUAUGUGGGAUAUACUGGUGGCAAGCUCGAUGAUGUAACUGUCAUUGUGUCAUUCAUACAAAAGAGAUCCAGCUCUAACUCACAGAGAAAGGCAUCACACAAAUGAUCAGGUUGAAGAUAAAAUAGAGAAAUAUUUUGUGGGAUGGGUUCAAAACUUCAAAUACCAUUUGGUUGGUCGAUCAGAUAAAUGGGAAGUCAUGGAGCGGGGAUCUUUAAUUUUAUUGAGACUUUAAUGAUUGGGAAUAAAAGUAAACAACUUCUUUUCUAAACUUUCUUUACUCAAAUAUACCUUGGAGAGAGGAUUGUGAUAGGCUGUGUUGGAGAUUGAACAGGAGCAGCUAGUUUGAUUCUUGUUCAUUCUAUAUCGUCCUUCAUGGUAUUAGUGCAACUUCUUUUCCUUGGAAGAGUAUUUAGAACCUUUUUCCCUCUCUCUUGUGUGUGUAUUUGUUUCUCAAGAAAAAAAAAAGGUUCGAAAGAGGGUUUCUUUUUUUUUCUUUUUCCUUUUUUCUUUUUUUUAAAUUUUUGUAUGGAGAACAACUUGGAAUAAAACCCUUACUUGUGACAUUCUCAAGAAGAGUGGUUUUACUUUAGUGUAA